CACUCCCAAGACCCUCAGGGACAGGCAGGCAGUCAGUGGACACUGUCGGCACGGUGGGCUGGGGGCGUAAGGGCCCCGGUGGUCCUAGGGACCCCAUGGCCAUGGUUGAGCGGCCGAGGCCCGAGUGGGCCUCGUAUCACAACUGCAACAGCAACAGCUGCCAGGACCUGGGCAACUCUGUCCUGUUGCUGCUGGGCCUCAUCAUCUGCAUUAACAUUAGCAUCAAUAUAGUGACCCUGCUCUGGAGCCGAUUCCGUGGUGUCUUAUACCAAGUGUUCCAUGAUACCAUUUGUGAGAAAGAAGUUCCCAAGUCAUCAUCACUCAGAAAGCAGACCCAGCCCCCUAAGAAGCAGAGUUCCCCUGCAGUCCAUCUUCGGUGCACCAUGGACCCUGUGAUGAUGACUGUGACCCCGCCCCCAGCUCGCCGCCAUCGCCGUCGAGGCUCUCCCACACGCUGUGCUCACUGCCCAGUAGCUUGGGCUCCUGACACUGAUGACGAGAAGCCUCAUCAGUACCCAGCUAUCUGCUCCUACCACUGGGAUGUCCCUGAGGACUGGGAAGGCUUCCAACACACUCAGGGGACCUGGGUUCCCUGGUCUCAGGAUGCCCCAGAGCCCCCUCCCCAGACCAUCCGCUUCCAGCCUACCAUAGAGGAAAGGCCCCUCAAAACAGGCAUACGGUCCGAGCUGGGCCUAAGGGCCUAUGUGUAUCCUGUGAACCCCCAACCUCCCAGCCCUGAGGCUCCUAGCCACAAGAACGGUGGGGAGGGGGUGGUGCCAGAGGCAGAGGCGGCUCAGUACCAGCCUGUCCCAGCUCCCACCCUGGGCCCAGCAGUCAUCCCUGAAUUUUCCCGGCGCCGCUCCUCAGGCCGAAUAGUGUAUGAUGCCCGGGACCUGAGACGGCGGCUUCGGGAACUGACCCGGGAGGUGGAGGCCCUGUCCCGCUGCUACCCCCUAGCCUCUGGAUCCAGCACUGCCGAGGAGACAAGCAAGAAUUGGGUGUACCGUUCCCUAACUGGGAGGUGACUGGAAAAAAAUAAAAAGGAGAGAGGAGGUGA